GGUUCAUCAUUAAUAGCUCCUCAAAGGUCCUUAAUAUCUCCUCUAUUUAUGGCAAGCAUGACCUAAUCCAAAGGAGGGACUUAUGGAACCUCAUUACUACUCAUAGACCUACUGAUGAAAUGUGGAUUUUAUGAGGUGACUUCAACACCAUCACCUCCCUUUCAGAACACAAAGGUACCGCUACCCCGUGCAGCAGAAGUAUGGCAGAAUUCAAUGAAUGCAUUGAAGAGAACUCCCUUAUACAGAUUUAUCCUUCGAAAGGAUGGUUUACUUGGUGUGGGAAAAGGGGCCAAGGGAGAGUUUGGCGGAGGCUUGAUAGAAUACUAAUCAACUCAGAGGUUGUUAACACCUUUGAUGAAAUCAGCUGCAAACACCUCAGUAAAACUGGAUCCGAUCACAACCCCCUCCUUCUUGAGUGCACCACUGCCCACAUCUCAGCCCCCAAAUCCUUUAGAAUCCUUCACCCCUGGCUCACACACACAACAUUCCUUGCUAUGGUAUCAAAGUACUGGAGCUCAACCCCAACCUCUGGAGGAAUGAGGGGCUUAUGUAACAAGCUUCAAGGACUAAAGGCUGUCAUCAGAGAAUGGAAUAAGAGUAUCUUUGGGGACAUUUUUUUGGCUGUCAAACAGGCCGAAGAGGAAUCCAUGGCUGCAGAAAUUGCCUUUGAUGAGAGGCCAACAGAAACAAACAGAGAAACUUGGUCCAAAGCUNCUAAAGCUAAGCUCAUCCUAGCCACCAACAGAGAAGUGGAAUACUGGAAGCAGAAAGCUAAUGUAAGAUGGAUGGAAAAAGGUGAUGCCAACUCAAAAUACUUCCAUUCCCUUGUUAAAGGCAGAAAACACAAAUUAUCCAUCAAGCAUAUCAAGUCCUCAGAAGGCAGAAACCUUACCCAGCCCAAGGAAAUCCAAACAGAAGCUGUUAACCACUUCACCAAAAUUUAUACAAAUCAUCUGUCCAUGGCCUGGAGGAAAUCACUCACUUCAUCCCAAACGUAAUCACAGAGGAGGAAAACAAUAACCUUACCAUUCUCCCCACCCUUGAAGAGGUCAGAGCAGCAGUUUGGGACCUUGAUCCACACAGCACCAGUGGACCGGAUGGCUACACAGGGGAGUUCUUCAGGAAAACUUGGCACAUUUUAGGACAAGACCUCCACAAAGCUGCACAGGAAUUCU